AUGUCGUCAACAUCCCAAAAGCAUAAAGAGUUUGUGGCCGAGCCCAUGGGCGAGAAGUCGGUAAAUGCUCUAGCAGGCAUCGGAGAGGUUCUGGGCAAGCGUCUGGAGGAGAGGCAUUAUGAGAUAAGUAUAGCAUACGUAGUACUUGGCCAGUUCCUGGUCUUGAAGAAGGAUGAAGAGCUCUUCCGUGAUUGGUUGAAAGACACAUGUGGUGCCAAUUCCAAACAGCAAGGUGACUGCUACGGCUGCCUUCGAGAGUGGUGCGACUCCUUCCUGUAGACGACCAGCUCCGCAUCUGCAGCGCCCAUCUGCCGUAAUGUCUAGUCUAGCUCCAGAUUGUCUGCUGAGCUUCUGCGUAUAACUGAUGACAUGUCAUGGAUGGGGGUUCUAAAUAAUUUCUUUAGUUCUUUGGGUUUCAGUUUUGGGUUUGAGUUUCAGCUACCAUGACUCUUAACACAAGUUGGGCGCGUUCACGUGAGCAGCGUCUGUGGUCUACUGAUUGUCUUCACUGCUCGGUUAAAGGAUGCCUUAUUCGACUGUUAUUUAAUCUCCAGUGAAAAUGCGUAUUACAAACACAUACUGUUGGCAUACAUCAUGCAAGCUACCUAAUGUUGAUCCAGUUUUUAAGCGAUUUUGAAGGAUAUGUUUUUAAAUAUAUGCAGUCUCAUUGGGUGUAGAACAACAUUGUUUCUCUCUCCUGUUCCAAACAUGACUGGCUGGCCCUUGGGUCUGUUUCUUAUCCAAAUACGACACAAAGCAAAGCUGAGCGUGGCAGUGGCACAGCAGUAGAAGGUCGUCUUGCUGCUAGAUAUGUUGAGCACACGCAAAUUAAAGCUACUGCCUGUCACCAUUGGCCAAAAUGUGAACGCAGACAUAAUGCACAGAAUGUUUUCCAUUGUCACAUGCUUUCUUCUUUCCAUUUCACAACUGUUAAACCGAUGAUUUCAGCAUGUAAUAUUUGUCUGUAAGGUUUGUUUAAAGAAUCGAUACAUGUUUGAAAGAACAAUAAAGUGUAAAGAUAG